AUGGCUUCGUUUUCCCCCGAUUCCUUCAAACCUCUUCUGGCGAGGCUGGUUGAAACGCCAGAGUACUUUUCUGCAGAUGACCUUACUCUUGCACUCAAUCAUAUCUUCACACCCGAUGCUGUAUCACCAACUCAGAUCGGGUCUUUCCUGACCGCACUCCACCUUCAUCGAGUCGAACGACGCCCAGAGUCAUUAGCAGCGGCUGCGGCAGUCCUUAGAGAAAGAGCAUUAAAGGCUUUUGUUGAAGAAGCGGAGGGAGACUUCAUCGUCGAUAUCGUUGGGACUGGCGGAGAUGGCUAUAAUCUCUUCAACGUCAGUACAACCGCCGCUAUCGUCGCUGCUGGUGCUGGCGCACGUGUCAUAAAGCACGGUAGUCGUGCUUCAACAUCAUCCUCCGGCUCUGCAGACCUUUUGCAAGCACUUGGUUGCGUAUUUACUGCCCCAGCGCCAGGAACAACGACGCCGAUUCCUCGGAUUCCCUUCACAUUCAUCCUAGCACCAAAUUAUCACCCAACCUUGGCUAGUAUUGCUCCUUACCGCAAGACACUCCCAUUCCGCACCAUGUUCAACAUUCUUGGGCCACUCAUUAACCCCGCUCGACCUCAAGGCAUGGUCCUUGGCAUUGCUGUGCCAGAGAUUGGACCCACCUUUGCCCAAUCGCUCAAGGAAGGUGGUGUCACUCGUGCCGUUGUCGUCUGUGGCCACGAAAAGCUGGACGAAAUCAGUUGUGCUGGGCCAACAUAUGCCUGGGAACUCAGAGAUGACACCAUCACUGAGACAACACUUACACCCGAAUCCUUUGGCUUGCCAGUCCAUCCUCUGAGCGCAGUUGCUGGAGGGUCACCAAUAGAGAAUGCGGAGACUUUCAAGACCCUCCUGACGUCUGGUAAAGAUACGCCAUCAACGUUGAUUCCAGUGCGCGACUUUGUUUUAAUGAACGCGUCGGCCUUGCUUGUUGUUGCCGGUAUUGCCGCUGAUUAUCGAGGCGGUGCACGUUUGGCCUUAGAGAGUAUCAAUUCAGGCAAGGCUUGGAAGUAUAGUACGAGUAUGCUUUGGACCACAGCAAUCUUCUCCAUCUUCAACCAUUGGGUGAAUUCACCAGCGCAACCAACGAGUCCAUGUCCCCAAGUUCCGGCUUUAUUCCCCAUACGUCAUGCAGCCCUCCUAAACUCUCUCGAACACAUCUAUCGGGAAGAAAGCUUCAAACGGGAUGUCUAUGAUCGUCUUGGAGGUGUUAUCAGUGUGCCUACGGAGUCUUUCGAUGACAUGCUUCCUGUUGGCCACGACUCGCGAUGGACUAUAUUCCAGACACUUCAUAACUAUCUUGAAGGGGCAUUCCCGGCCAUUUACUCGUCGCUCAAUGUCACCCGGGUGAACACAUAUGGACUGGUGUUCCACUGGCAAGGCACCGAACAUAAUUUAAAGCCAAUCUUGCUUGCUGCGCACCAGGAUGUUGUCCCUGUCGACCCAGCGACCCACAACCACUGGAAAUAUCCUCCCUAUUCCGGGUACUUCGACGGUAUAAGCUACCAGUUGUCACUCCUAUUCCAGCUUACAAGCUUAGGAAUCUGGAUAUGGGGGCGAGGAAGUGCUGACGAUAAAUCUGACUUGGUGGCUCAACUGGUUACCAUUGAAACGCUUUUGAAGAGCUCAUUCGCCCCUCGGAGAUCGAUUGUACUUGCUUUCGGUUUUGACGAGGAGUCCAAGGGUACUCAAGGCGCAGGAAAAAUUGCGGAAUACCUGGAAAAGACGUACGGCCAUCAUGGAUUCGCGAUUUUGUUAGACGAGGGAGAUGGUUAUGGCGAAAAUGUUGCAGAUGGGCUCAUCUUCGCAUCCCCGGGCAUUUCCGAGAAAGGCUAUUUUGACGUUAAAAUCGAAGUAUGGGCGGAAGUGGAUGGCCAUGACUGUCAAGAUUUACAGAGUAUUGGGGUUCUCUCUCAAAUUGUGGUUGCACUCGAAGAAAAACUUCAUCCAGCUCUCUUUUUACGUACAGGCUCAGCGUUUGCCAACGUUCAAUGCGCAAUCGAGCAUGAACCAAACAUACCCUCCAGUGUCAAACACUUGGCCCGACGUGCACUAACCGACGACGGUGCUCUUGGCGAUCUGAGGGACUAUCUAUUGCAAGAAGAUCCGGUAUACGACGCUAUGCUUAGAACGACACAGGCGCCGGAAAUGAACGCUGAUGUUAUUUUAGGCGUCAAAGCGAACGCACUUCCUGAAGUAGCCACGGUAAUAGUGAACCACCGUGUUGAUGAGCAAUCAACCAUUGCGGAUGUGCAAACGCGCAUAGUCCAACGGCUUCUGCCCAUCGCCACUACAUUCAACAUGUCUCUCGUUGCAUUCACGCCCAACUCCAUACCGUCCCAAGUUAACCAAAUCAUCCUUUCUGAUGCAUUCAAUACGGCGUUGCAGCCUUCCCCGGUCACGCCGACCGCCAGCAAUCCGGCCUACAACCUUUUAUCGGGGACGAUCAAGGCGGCGUUGACCAGUUCUAGACGCUACAACUCCACGGGGGUGAUUGUAUCUCCUACCCUUGGACUGGGCAACACAGACACACGCUUUUACUGGGAUCUUACCUCGAACAUAUUCCGCUACUCGCAUUACGGCGAUGCUGAUGAUUACUUCAGUGGUUUGCACACCGUCAACGAAGCGGUUCGAGGUGAAGCUGUCAUCGAGCAGAUUCGCUUUUUCACCAUGCUAAUUCUGAAUUUUGACGAGUCUUCACUGUUGUAA